UACCAGCCACCUCCGACAGCGUAAGUGGUUGACAUGCUUAUCGCUAUGAAUGUGCAAUACUGGUAAUUUUGCAGUUCUCAGGUUUUCAUGUGUGGUUCAAACCGAAAUGCUGUUAAGCAAUAUUGAGAAGCUUCACAUGUUGGUCCCUUUACCAACUUUGCUUAGGUAUGUUAUAGAUCAGGGGUGUCCAAACUUUUUCCAGUGAGGGCCACAUACUAAAAAAUGAAAGGAUGCAGGGGCCACUUUGGUACUUUGUGAACCAACACGUGCAUGUAUGCACUUUCUUUUCCUAAUAUUUUGACUUUAUUCCCAUGUUAUAGAUUUUCCCCCAAACUUACAACUUUAUUCAUUGUUUUUGACUUUUAAAACUUUUUUUUCUUUAAUAUUUCAACUUCAUGCAACUAAAAUGACAUUUUUCCUCAUAUGAUGACUUUAUUCUUGUGAAAUGAUGGCUUUUUUACCUUGCUAGAUAACAACUCUUCUCUUAAUAUUUGGACUUUUGUUUGAUUUUCCCAUUUUUGCAGCUGUUGUUGUUGUUUUUUUAUUUCCUUGUUAAAUUACAUUUUUAGACUGUGCUGCGGGCUGAUAAAAUCACAGCCGUGUGCAGCAAAUGGCCCCCGGGCCACACUUUGGACACCCCUGUUAUAGAUUGUUUGGAAUUAUGUUCUACAUUUUUCAAUUUUUGAAAGCGAAGGGUAAAUUUGCAAAAAUGACAUUUAUAGUUGACGGCGCGCUGGCUCACUUCACUUCCCUCCAGACGUUAGCAGCACGGGUGUCACUGCUGACUCCGGCCUGAAAGGUGACAACAGGUGAAGGCUGCUGUGAAAGCCGCUUUCUUCCAGCUUAGGCACCUUUUCUGUCCCGUGCUGACCUUGAAAAAGCCUUCAUCAGUUCCAGGAUCGACGACUGCAACGCCCUCGAUAUUGGACAAAAUCAAUCCCUUCUCCGCAGACGUCAGCUGGUACAAAUGCUGCUGCUCGCCUCCUCACCAGCGCCUCAAAACACGGCCAUGUUACCCCCAUUCUCUUCUCUCUACACUGGCUGCCACUUGGCUUCAGGGUGGAUUUUAACCUGUUUCUGUUUGUGGUCCAGGCCAUUAAAGGGAUAGUUGGGAUUUUUUGACAUGAAGUUGUAUCCCCAUCAGCGGUGUAGUACAUCGACAGUACCCCCCCCACAUUUUGUCCCACGAGUCCAGUUCUGGUCGGAUUUCCGAGACGAGGUACGUAUACCCGCUUAGCUUCUCAAAACAAUAAAGGCUUGUUCAAAAGGGUCAUACAUUUGCAUCAUAAAAAUGCCUCCUCGAAAAAAAAUCUGACCUCACAAAUCGCUUUGUGGAGAUGAUGCGAGCGUCUUCAUCACAUACGCAAGAACGGAGAAGCGACAGCGUGCAGGAAUAUGGCGGCAAACAAAUAUAAUGCCAAGCGAUUUUUUUCGAGGAGACACUCUUUUGAACGCAUAUUGUUUUAAGAAGCCAAACUCUUCACUUAAAUGAUCCAGCAACUCACGUAAAUCCAACCAGAACCGGACACGCGGGACCCAGUGGUGGGGUAAGUCACUCUUGAUGUACUACAACUAUCUUUUAAUGGUUUCACUCCAUCCUACCUGUCCGACCCGCAGACUGUUUACCAGCCAGUCAGGGCGGUGCACUCCUCCGAGCAGGUUACUCUCGUGGUCCCGACGUCCAAGAUGUAGGAAAUGGGGAGAUCGCUCAUUUGCUGUGUCUGCUCCUGGGCUCUGGAUCUCACUUCCACCUGGUCUACGGUCUAUAACUGAACUAUCACUUCUUAAACCACAGCUACUCAAACAUAGUCUGAGUUUAAAUUACAGUAUGUUGUCUGUGCUGCUGCAUACACGUAUCUUAUUUCUGUUUUCAUGACGUUGUGUAAAGCACUUUGUAAACUGGUUGGCUGUUGGUAAGGCACCAUACAAAUAAAUACUGAUUGAUUGAUUGAUUGAGCUCUCACAGUUCAAUCUCAUUUCCAGAAGUGACGCCAUCGGAGUACUAUCACUUAGCUACACAAGCAGAGCGGUGUACGAGACGGAGGAUGUUUACAGUGAUUGUAGCCAAGGUUUGAGUUAUGUGUCAAUAGUUUUCGGGGAGACAAGAAGGGAGAAACAUUCAGUGAUGAAAAAGAGAAAUAGAGAACUUCCAGAACACGGACUUAAGCCUUAAGACAUGGAGAUGAAGAUUGGUCGCUUUCAAAACACCAAACCACACACCCGUCCAUCCCCACGACGCGGCGCGAGUCUACCUGGUUGAUCGUGCCAGUAGCAUGUGCUUGUCUCAAAGAUUAAGCCAUGCAAGUCUAAGUACACACGGACCUGUACAGUAAAACUGUAUGGUUUACAGAGUGUAAAUGACUCUGGCGUUGCUUAUCCUUCAAUUAUUGUUUUAGAUUGGCUUCCUAAUGAGCAUAAAGGGGUCUUUAAAGCCUGAUUUACUUUAUAUUUUGUCGCCGUCCCCACAGUAAACAUACAUAUGGCUGUGAAACGAUGUUUAUAUAACAUGUAUAAUGUUUUACAGCCUUGUUGCUAUCAUGGAAUAGUGUUUAAAAACAUUAUGUGACCAAGACAUUCUGUGGCAACUUUGAUGUCAUUCUUCUCGUCUUUUCUUUUCCUGUGUACCGGCGGAAUAGUAUCCUUUUUCAAAAUACGUUUAUACUGUACUUUCAAGCCAAACGCUUCUUGUAAAGGUGUUCCUUCAUAGCAGUCGUCAGUGAAAUGAUCACUGCAAAGAACAGAACUGGAGGUGGGCGUCCAUCGAUCUCUGGUUGUCAACGCUUCGGCAUGACUAUUAUUUAGAUGAAAACGAUACCGAACCAAGUCGACAAUCUACCUCAACAAGCGUUUGUGUACUCUGGUGGAAAGGUGUCACACCCCGAUGAUGUCACGUCCGGAAUGAGGCUGAACUGCGAGAGCAAGUUCGUCAUAUCCAACAUACUGACAAACAAAAACAACAUAUUUAAGCAAAGCUGAUUCAUGUCAGGGACCGUUUAACUCGAAUAACAAAGGGUUGCAAUGAAUACAGCCUCCCACUCCGUAGGACGCUCAUCCUAGGCAAACAUGGCAUCCGUGUCGGUCAGCUCCCGCUUUAUCAAGGCUGCACGGGAGCACUAUAUGAGCCUGUCUCAGGGAGACAAAUGUCAGGUGACUUAUAUCUGGAUCGACGGCACCGGAGAGGGACUUCGCAACAAAACCCGGACCCUCGACACUGAACCGAAAAGUGUAGAAAAUAUUCCUGAGUGGAACUUUGAUGGGUCAAGCACAUCCCAGUCCAAAGACUCCGACAGUGACAUGUACCUCAUACCGGUGCGCAUGUUCCGAGAUCCAUUUACCCGUGACCCCAACAAACUGGUUCUCUGCGAAGUCCUUCGAUACAACCGCCUUCCUGCAGAAACAAACCAUAGAACGAGCUGCAAGAAAGUGAUGGACCAGGUCAAAGAGCACAAGAUAUGGUUUGGCAUAGAGCAGGAAUACACGCUCUUAGGAACGGAUGGACAUCCGUUUGGUUGGCCCCAAAAUGGAUUCCCAGCACCCCAAGGUCCCUACUACUGCGCGGUGGGGACAGACAAAGCCAUUGGACGGGACAUUGUGGAGUGUCACUACAAGGCGUGUCUCUACGCAGGGAUCAAAAUCUUUGGAACCAAUGCGGAAGUGAUGCCAUCCCAAUGGGAGUUCCAGGUGGGCCCCUGCGAGGGUAUUGAGAUGGGGGAUGAGCUGUGGGUUGCGCGCUUCCUGCUGCACCGUGUGUGCGAAGACUUUGGGGUCAUCGCAACACUGGACCCCAAACCCAUGAAGGGAAACUGGAACGGCUCUGGGGCACACACCAACGUCAGCACCGAGCAGAUGAGGGAAGAAGGAGGACUGCAAUACAUCGAGCAGGCCAUCGAGAGGCUGAGCAAAAGACACAUGGAGCACAUCAAGGUGUACGAUGCGCACGGGGGCCAGGACAACUUGAGACGCCUCACGGGUCGUCACGAGACCUCCAAUGUCAACGAAUUCUCCGCCGGGGUCGCCAACCGAGCCGCCAGCAUCCGCAUUCCUCGCCAGGUGGGCCAAGACAAGAAAGGCUACUUCGAGGACCGCCGCCCCGCAGCAAACUGCGACCCGUACCUUGUGACCGAAGCCAUAGCGCGCACCUGCCUGCUGGAUGACGUGGAGCAAGUCAAGGGCAGUUAGACGAGGCGGCCGAUUCUCACCUAGCCUGUCAUCUUCUCUUCUGGCAUUUAACACAAUAUUACAUAAUAUCAUUUUGGUAUACUUCUUCUCACAUCAUUUAUUAACUAUCGUUUUUAAAGCGUGAUUUGGUGUGAUCUGUGUCUAAAAGUACACGCGGUUGUUGGACUAUGGUUGUGUGUAUUACAUGAAAAAAACACGUUAUAUAGAAUUAAUAUGAAUACCCUCAGGUAGCAUUUACGUGUCCCUGAUUGCCUACUUCCAAAAUAUGAAACAAAAACCUUUUUUUGCUGUGAAAUCAGGGCACACAUAUUAACCCGUGCAUUGUGAAAUAGCGGUGAUAUCAGAAAUGAUCCUGGAUGAUAUGAAUGAUCACUGUCGAGGUUGUUGAAUCCCCAUGCACACAACAAAUGUGGCAUACACCUGAUCCAAUACAAUCAUUCAAAAAGUCAGCUGGGAUAGGCUCCAGCAUGCCCCCGCGACCCUAAAGAGGAGAAGUGGCAUAGAAAAUGAAUGGAUGGAUAAAAAAAGGCAUGAAAAAAUACUUAAAAUACAUAAUAUUAAACAAUCGUAUAAUUAUAAAUGAUGCUUAUAUAAUGACAUGUCCUGGUGUGGUAACAAAAAAAAGCACAUUUUCAAGGAUUGCAGUACUUUAAAUGCCCACCAGAGGGCGGUGUUGACUUUGUUCACCAUCACCAAGAUGGCUGCAUGUGUGUUCAGCUUCAGCCUGCUAAAGUAGUGAUGACCGGAUAUCUGUUUUUUUUUUAAGUUGUUGAUUAAAUAAUGCAUAUUUAAUAUUCAAUUUAUUCUCCCUCCCAGCAUUUUCAGAAAAAUGUGGUAGCCGUGGCCUCCCCAAAAAAAACGUAUUGUAAUGCCCCUGGUUGUGGGGAAGGAGAGACUCACGUCGCCGAUGCACUUCAAUCGCUUUAUUCACAGUGGAGAACUUUGCAACAGUUCACAUUCACAACAGGGCUGCUGUAGGCCACAACCCACGCCAACAUCCACAACAACUCCAACUUUCCCCCACACUUCUCAACACCCCCACCUCUUGCUCGUGACGUCGCACCGCCACUUUCCAAGCCCCGCCCCUUAAAGGCCCAGGAACACAAGUCACAGAUAUUACACUGCCCCCCUCUUUAAUAAACCCCUCGCCCCGAGGGGUCAACAACAAAAUCCCCAAACCUUGGCGGCCUCCGCCUCUGUCUCUGUGGCCGGCCCUGGCUUGACUCCUGUGCGCCUCCCCUUGGCGCCAGCGGCUGAACAAGAACAACUGUGGUGGGACCCGGUGAACUUGAGUCCACCCCACGUCCCAAGCCAGCUGGUGAAGCAGGCUCUGCCUCGAACUGGGGAACAUCCCGGCCCCUGUAAGGUGCCAACCGGUCCCGGUGCAGGGCAACUCUUCUGCCUCUAGGGGGAACUGCAACUCUGUAGACUACUUCCCCCACCCGCUCUAGCACCCUGCACGGUCCAUCCCAAUGACUGUCUAA